AUGGGUUUGACGAAUAUUCUAUGCUCUUGCAUAUUUCUUUUUAGUGUCGUUGAUUCCACUAGCAGAUUUGGGAGUAUGUGGCCCCAAAAUGUAGGUGGGGAGUCUACAGGAACUGUUAGCUGGACAGUCUUCAGUGCAAGUAUAUUUGUGCUUGUUGCCCUUGUCCUCUCCAUGUACCUAAUAUUCGAACAUUUAGCUGCAUAUAAUCAGCCCGAGGAGCAGAAGUUUUUGAUUGGUCUCAUUUUAAUGGUUCCUGUCUAUGCAUUGGAAUCGUUUUUGUCACUAUUGGAUUCCAGUGCGGCAUUUAAUUGUGCAAUUAUCCGGGACUGCUAUGAGGCUUUUGCAUUAUAUUGCUUUGAAAGAUACCUGAUAGCUUGCCUAGGUGGCGAGGAGAAAACAAUUCAAUUUAUGGAAAGUAUGAGCGUAACAGACUCCAGCACUCCUCUCCUGAAAGAUACAUAUGCAUAUGGAGUUGUAGAACAUCCAUUUCCUUUAAAUUGCUUCUUAAGAGACUGGUAUCUUGGCCCUGACUUCUAUCAAUCUGUGAAAAUUGGCAUCGUACAAUAUAUGAUACUGAAAAUGAUCUGUGCAAUGCUGGCAGUGAUCCUCCAGACUUUUGGGGUUUAUGGAGAGGGGCAGUUUGAAUGGAGAUAUGGGUAUCUCUACUUGGCAAGUAUUCUUAAUUUUAGUCAGACUUGGGCCCUGUAUUGCCUUGUGCAAUUCUAUUCUGUCAUUAAAGAUAAACUGGAGCCAAUCAAACCAUUAGCCAAAUUUUUAACAUUUAAAUCAAUAGUCUUUCUAACGUGGUGGCAAGGAGUGGCUGUCGCAUUUCUUUUCUCUAUGGGAGCAUUUAAGGGGUCACUUGCUCAAGAGCUGAAAACACGAAUACAAGACUAUAUCAUCUGUAUAGAGAUGGGCGUUGCUGCUGUUGUGCACCUUUAUGUCUUCCCUGCAGUACCUUACAAAAGAGGAGAGAGGUGUGUCCGCAAUGCAGCGGUGAUGGCUGACUACGCAUCCCUAGGGACACCUCCUGAUCCUGCAGAGGUUCGUGACUGUGAGCGCUCAACUAGAAUGCGGUUUGGUCGUCAAGAUGAGAAAGAUAAGAAACCUAUGAAGUUUACACACAGCGUUUGUGAUGUGGUUCUUGGAAGUGGUGAAAUUAUUGUUGAUGACAUGAAAUUUACAGUUUCACAUGUGGUAGAACCUGUUGAAAGAGGCAUUUCAAAGAUAAACAAAACCUUUCAUCAGAUAUCUGAAAAUGUAAAACGACAUGAUGAAGAGCGGAAGAAAAACACUAAGGUCAAGGAUGAUUGUGACCUCGUUCCCCUGCAUUCAUGGAGAACUGAAUUUUCUGAUGUUCAUGACAAACUCGUGGAAGGAGGAAGUGUCAGUGAUAGUGGUUUGACCAACGGAAAGCGACAUAUCCAAUCCAAGGGGUCAGCCUCCAGGAUGAGAAGAUAG